CAGGGGAGCAUGGCUGCGUCAAAAGUUUUACCGCGAUCUCGCACUCUGUGUUUACAUGCGCUCUGAAAUAUUGUGUACACAAGUUAUGAACUAAAGUUAAAGUGAUUGAACAUUUAAAGUACGAAUACGAGUGAAAUAUUUGUGACCAAUGGACAACUUAUCGUGACACGAUGACCAAAAACUUUUACAGUAUGGUUUCGUUAAAAGUUUGGAUGUGUUUGGUUUUGGUGGCCGGUGCGCGCGCACGCUCUGCGCCGCCCGCCCCCGUCGGCUGUCAGUGGGACUAUUCGGAUGCAAAGUUAAGUGAAUCUAACUUUCUCACGUGUAACAUAAAAACGAUCGGCUCGGCGGACUUCUUGUUUAAAAACAUUACUACGGCGCAGGCGUACAACAUCAACAAACUGAAACUGACAUGCACCGAUCUACUUUUCUUUGAAAGCUCGUUGCACAUGAACACAGGCAGUUUUUUGGGUCAACUGCGUAAACUUGAAGACUUGCGCAUUGAAUACUGCAAAAUACGUUACGUGCCAGCAACUGUACUGUCGCCGCUUCGUGAUUUAACUAGCUUGACCCUUCGUUCCUACAAUACUGACUGGCCUGCUAUGACAAUGGAGUUUCACGCUGAAAGUUUCCGAGGCCUAAUGGAACUACGCUCGCUGGAUUUGGGAGACAAUAACAUCUACAUGUUGCCAUCUGAAGUGUUUUGUCCACUGUUUAGUCUGGAAUCAUUGAACUUAACCAACAACAGAAUUCAGGAUAUUUCCGAGAUUGGAUUCUCUGACUGGGGCAAAGGUCCGAUUGCACCGGGCAAGUCGUGCAAUACGGGUUUGAAAAUGCUUGACUUAUCUCAUAACAAUGUAUUAAGGCUUCCUGAUAACGGACUUUCCAGUUUGAGGUCACUAGAAGUUUUGAAGAUACAGAAUAACUUGAUUAAUGAAAUCGGAGACCGGGCGUUCGUUGGAUUGAAUUCAUUAAAAAUUCUGAACUUGUCCGGAAAUAAGUUAGUGGCAGUGCCUCCAGAACUAUUCCAGUCUUCCCGAGUUAUCAAACAAAUUUCAUUAGCCAACAAUUCUCUUUCUGUGUUGGCUCCCGGACUCCUAGAAGGGCUUGAUCAGCUUGAAAAAUUGGAUUUAUCAAGAAAUCGUCUGACUAAUGAUUGGGUGAACCGAGAUACAUUCGCUGGAUUAAUUCGAUUGGUAAUUUUGAAUCUAUCACACAACUCUCUUAUACGAUUAGAUCCAAAAUCGUUCCAAGAUUUAAACAACUUACAAGUUUUGAAUUUAGACAACAACGCCAUUGAGACUAUCAGCAAUGGUGCAUUUGCUGAGCUGAGAAAUUUGCAUCAACUCUCAAUAUCAGACAACAGAAUGAAAGCGCUUAAUGAACAUAUAUUUUGCAAUUUAUUUGUGCUCAGUCAACUGUACCUAGACAACAAUCAAAUCUCCGUUAUUAAUGAACGCAGCUUUGAAAAUAUUACCUAUUUACAAGAUCUUGGAUUAAAUGGAAAUAGCUUAAAUAUGAUCCCGGAUGGAAUUAAGAAACUGAGGUUCUUGAAAUCAUUGGAUGUUGGAAAGAACAAUAUUACUAAAGUGUCCAAUACAUCUUUUGAAGGCCUAGAAGAAUUAUAUGGCUUAAGAUUAGUCGAUAAUCACAUUACGAGCAUUCCGAAAGAUACUUUUAGUACAUUACCAUCUCUGCAAGUUCUGAAUUUGGCUUCAAAUAAAAUCGAAAAUGUAGAACAAGAUGCCUUUCUUUCUAAUCCAACUUUGAAAGCAAUCCGAUUGGACGGUAAUAAGCUAACUGAUAUCCGUGGCGUCUUCAACAAACUGAAUACAUUAGGAUGGCUUAAUAUUUCUGAUAAUAAACUGAUUUACUUCGACUACAGCUAUAUGCCAGAAAGUCUUGAAUGGCUUGAUAUUCAUAGCAACAAUAUUACGAAAUUGGACAACGAACAGAACGCACAACAAAACAUUCGGAUGCUGGACGUAAGCUACAACGCAUUAGAAAACGUCGACGAGCGAUCUAUACCUGACUCAAUAGAAGUCCUUUUCUUGAAUAACAAUAAAAUUCACACGAUUCAUCCAGGUACAUUCUUACAAAAAAGAAACUUAGAAAAGGUUAUAAUAACAGACAAUAAAUUGAGAACUGUCGAGCUUUCGGCUUUUACGUUGCCUCACAUCCCAAAGCACAGAAUGCUGCCAAAAUUCUUCAUAGGCAAUAAUCCAUUUGUAUGUAACUGUCACAUGAUUUGGCUCCAAAAAAUCAAUCUUUGGAAUCAUAUGAGGCAGUAUCCACGAUUCAUGGAUUUGGACACUGUCACUUGUGAAGUUGUGAAUAAUAAAUAUGGCGGGAAAGCUAACCUUAUGGACGUUCCUGAGACACAGUUUCUUUGUUCCUACGAGACACACUGCUCAUCAAGUUGUUCCUGUUGUGAUUUUGAGGCAUGCGACUGCAAGAUGGCUUGCCCUGAAGGAUGUUCGUGUUUUCAUGACAGUAACUGGAAUUCCAAUGUGAUUGACUGUUCUAAUGUUGGAUACACAGAAGUUCCUGAAAAAAUACCUAUGGAUGCUACAGAGCUCUACCUCGAUGGUAAUGACUUUGGUGCUCUAAAUAGUCACUUAUUUAUCGGUAAAAAGAAGUUACAUAAACUUUACCUCAACAACAGUAACAUAAUAUCGAUAGACAAUGACACCCUGAAUGGGCUCCACUCUUUGAAUGUACUGCAUUUAGAAAGUAAUCAUUUGACUGAACUAACAGGAGGAGAAUUUUCACAAACUAAACACCUACGAGAGCUAUACUUGAACGAUAACUUACUGACAAGUGUAGCCAAUAAAACGUUUGAGAGCUUGUCAUCAUUACGCAUUGCUCAUCUCCAAGGGAAUAAGAUCCUUGACCUUGAUAAGAAGUUGGCCCAUAUAGUACAUUUGGAAAACGUAAACGUUCAAGGGAAUCUUUUUACUUGUACUUGUGCUAACGUUAUGCCGCUUCAAAACUGGUUUAAGAAGAACUACGAGGAUCCAGCUGACAUGUUUUGUGCUAGUGAAAAUGGUGUAACUUCAAACUUAACAGUGUAUGAUGUGAUUGAUAACUGUCGUGAUUCAAGUGUUACGGACAAUACUAUUCCUACUGAAAAUCAGCCUUAUCAGUUUGAUGAAGUGAGCACUAUAAAACUGAACUUUGUGCCACUCUUAGCAGUAGUUCUAAUAAGUGUAAUUUUGAUACUAUUAUUUGGUGCCUUAGCAUUCUCUUUUAGACAGAAUGUACGCCUUUGGGCACAUUCUAAAUAUGGAGUGAGACUAUUUAAAAGUGCUUCGAUACAAGAAAGUGAGUUAGACAGGGAUAGGUUAUAUGAUGGUUAUUCUGUAUAUAGUUUGUUAGAUGAUGACUUUGUAUCUAAAGUGAUAGCACCAGCAAUGGAACAUGCUGGGUAUACAAUGUGUUUUCAUUACCGAGACCUGCAGUUGGCUCACGAAAGUUACUUAUCUGAUCAAGUGACUAAUGCUGCCGAGUCUUCUAAGAGGAUUUUAGUAUUUGUAUCAUUUAACUUCUUACAAAAUGAAUGGUCCAAAGUUUCGUUCAAAGAAGCAAUGAAACAUGUUAUAUCUUCUAUUCACCCCUCCAUUAGAAGGCACAGGGUUGUAUUUAUUUUGACAACUGAUGUCAGUGCUCUCAAUUUAGAUUUAGAUUUUCAAAACUAUUUAAAAACUUGUACCGUUCUUUUAUGGGGUGAAAAGAAGUUCUGGGAGAAAAUAAGGUUUGUGAUGCCUGAUAUUUCCAAUUUACAAUGGAAUAAGGACUCAUUACAUUAUAAUCAUGAUAACAUGUGCCCUAAUGCUAGGCGACAUCCUUCUAGAUAUACAGCUUCGCCAACAGCUCCCGAACACUGGUAUAAAUAUGACGCCAUUCCCCCUCAGACUCCUACAACUGUCAAUGUAGGAAUUAACAUUGAAGAUGACACUUCUAUGUUGACCAACACAACAAUGACGAGUCAAAUUCAGGAUGGAGAUCCCUUACACCAUAGUUACAUUUCAAUUGAUACCCAGAACUAUGAGCAGCCUUAUGGCGGUCGGCCAAGGCCUCCUAACACCUUACGCAAACAUCCCGGUCAUGUUUCGCCUUCAGCGUUGGAUGAGCAGGGCUACCUACAACCACGCUCAUCUGUGCAUGAGUGCUUACCCCAGACGCAUUUAUCCACACACCGAUUAUGAUAAGGUUUAAAAUGCAUCGUUAUCUGUAAAAGCUAUUUGUUAAUGGAUAUCCCGCAUUUCGAGAGCAUGUGUUGGCCAAACUGUAUACAUGUUAAGUUCAGUAUGUUUUUAAGUGUGAUUGUCAGUUUAGCAUAGACAAAUGUCCACGAAAUCGUUCCUUGUGUCCUAGAAAUUAUGUAAUAGUUAAAAAAGACUGUAAUAAUUAUAUUCAAUUGAAAACGUAUCCAUGUUUAUAAAAGCCUUAUCAUGUUAGAAUUGUAUACAUUAUCAGUAGCUCAACAUGAAUAUAACACUAACAACAUUUCAUCGUAAUUGUUGUACCUAUAAUAAGACUGAUAAGUUUACAUUAAGAGAUGACGCCAGUAUAAAAGCAUUGUACCUAUAACUUAGUAAAUAGUAAUGUUUGAUGAUAUAAUAUAUUAUUAUAUCCCAUUGUUACCAAAUAUUUUGUAGCAUAUUAUUGUAUAGAAUCUCUAUUGUAUAAAUAUAUUAAGUUUUGUAUAGUUUUACUAGUCAUUGAAUAAUAUUGUACAUACCUCCUGUAAAUUAUGGUUCUGUCGAUUGUUAUACACAUGAAAUAACCUGAAAAUAAAUAAUUAUCAAAAAAUA